AUGCGACCCACUCCUCGAUGCAGAUACGUGUUUAUACACUUAUUUGCAAUCUUCUUUUACGCACAGGUAACCAAUCAGUCCCCGCCUAAUUUCACGCAGCAUGUAAGCGAGCAGAGCAAAGUGACAGACCGCGUGAGCCGCAGGUUGAUCCGGAUCUACCAACUGUACAGUCGGACCAGCGGCAAGCAUGUGCAGGUUCUGCCCAACAAGAAGAUCAACGCCAUGGCUGAUGAUGGAGAUGUACACGCAAAACUAAUUGUGGAGACAGACACAUUUGGAAGCCGUGUGCGUAUCAAGGGAGCCGAGACUGGCCUCUACAUCUGCAUGAACAAGAGGGGGAAGCUCAUUGGCAAGAAAAAUGGACAAGGCCGUGACUGUAUCUUCACUGAGAUCGUGUUGGAGAACAACUACACGGCGCUGAGGAACGCCCGCUAUGAGGGAUGGUACAUGGCUUUUACCCGUCGUGGACGGCCAAGGAAAGGCUCGCGGACGCGGCAGCACCAGCGUGAGGUCCAUUUUAUGAAGAGACUGCCAAGUGGUCAGCAACCUGCACAUCCCAGCCAUCACCGACCAUUUGACUUCAUUCACUAUCCUUUCAACCAAAGGACUAAACGUACACAGUACUCAUGA